AUGCUUGAAUAUGCGGAUCCGAACGCAGUCCCUAAUGAUUGGCGCACUAGACAGCCAGGCUGCGCUAUUUGGUGCAUCAUUGCAAUACCUCGUGUCAUCCUGUUAAUCAUAUUUUAUGGCCUCCUCUACAACUUCAGUCCUCUACUCCCAAACACCCAGUGGACCUACACACAGGCUCUUCGGACACAGCUCAUCAAAACCGCCUUUUUCAUCAUCAGAGAAGUCGGCUUCACCCAAUCGCUGACACUGGAAGCCGGGGACACGGGUGAUAAAUGGGUGACUAUCAACCCGGCUGCGACGAGUGCAUACCGUGGACCAUUUACCAGCAACCAGAAUCAGUCAGACGGCUGCGACAACGACGAUGAUAACAGUGUGGUCGUUUUGUCUUUCCAUUCUGGAUCAUUCCUGUGGCUCACAGGACGGCCAGAAGAUUCCGGGGAUGUCGCUGAAAUGACCAAUAAAGCACUAGGUCCCGGUACACGCUCAUUCUGGCCUCAAUAUCGGCUUGUAGGGAACAAGAAAACCCUGACCGGCUACCCAGCACCCAUGCAAGAUGCAGUUACGGCAUAUAUAUAUCUCGUCAAAGACCUCGGCAUCUCCCCGCGCCGCAUCGUUCUCGCCGGCGAUUCUUCUGGUGCCACCGCCGCACUGGCUCUCGUGCGCUACUUAGGACUAUUCAACACGCUCGCCCCGCCGCAGAACGCAGAUGUCGAAGCAGGUUUUGAUCUUGCCAGCCUCCCACUGCCCCGGGCAUACCUUAUGUUCUCGCCAUCGCUCGAGUACUGUCUGGAAGGUGACGAAUCCGCCAUCCUACGAAACCGAAAUUGCAGAACGGACUAUGUCGACGCGCCGCUGAUGGCGUGGGGAGCAACAGCUAUUGCGCCGCCAGAAAUUGUGCGACUGGAUGAUCCAUAUCUGUCACCGGCGCUGUAUCCGUUUGCGACGCCUGUGGCGCUACUUGUGCAGGCAGGAGGCGCCGAGGUGCUUUGUGAUAGUGUCAGGGGUGCUGUGAAGCGGUAUCGCGCGAUACCGGGGAAUAUUAUUGAGCAGUUGGAGGUGCCAGAUAUGCCGCAUGAUGUGUAUGCUGUGGGGGUGCUUCUGGGGUGGAAGAAAGAACAGGAGGAGAUCAUUCAUGUGGCGGCGAGCUUUUUGAGAAGGAAUUUUCGAUCUAAAUGA